AUGCACACAGGGGAGAAGCCAUACCAGUGCCUUGAGUGCGGGAAGAGGUUCCGACAGAACUCAGUGCUGACCCAGCAUCUGCGCACACACUCUGGGGACCGCCCCUUUGAGUGCAGCCAGUGUGGUGAGCGCUUCACCCAGAGCUCCACUCUGGCAGCCCACCGGCACCUCCACACUGGUAAGCGCCCCUACGCCUGCCCAGAAUGUGGGAAGAGCUUUAGUGAGAGCUCACAUUUGGCACAACACCACCACAUACACACUGGGCUCAAGCCCUACCGCUGCAGUCAGUGUGGAAAGAGCUUUGUGCAAAGUUCACAGCUGGCCACCCACUGCCGCAUCCAUGCAGGCCAUAAGCCCUACUGCUGCAGCGUCUGUAGCAAGAACUUCAGUGACAGCUCAGCCCUCACCCAGCACCAGCGGGUACACACUGGGGAGCGCCCUUAUGUGUGCAGUGAGUGUGGGCGGAGCUUCAGCCAGAGCUCAGCCCUGGUCCAGCACUGGCGGAUCCAUACAGGUGACAAGCCCUUUGAGUGCAGCACCUGUGCAAAGAGUUUCAGCCAGAGUGCAGGGCUCGCCCAGCACCGCAGCACACAUGCCAUCGGGAAGCCCAGCCAGCCAGCAGGGUCCUGGAACCAUGCAGGUCCUGAAGCUCCAGCAGGGCAGCAGUGA